AUGCCUCCAGCCGCAGCUUUCGACUACUACCAGGCCCUUGAGGUCGAGAAAGAUGCCGAUACUGAGGCCAUAACAGCAUCCUACAGACGUCUUGCACGAGUUCACCAUCCAGACAAGGACCGCGAGAAUCCGCAUGCGACAGCAAAGUUCCAGCAGAUUCAAGAGGCUUACGAGACUCUGUCAAAUCCGGCAAAACGAUCCAGUCAUGAUAACCCUUCACGACGUCCCCAAGGUAAUCCUUACUCUUCAUACCCCUCUCCCUACGAUUCGGACGAUGAUAAAGGCUAUGGCUAUGACGAGGAGGACGUUAUCGACGAGUUGAUGGAGGAGUUUUUGAGAACACGCUUUUCUUGCUCUAGGCCUGAAUUUCAUGGAUUUGGUUCCUACGGUCCUCCCCCAGGAUACGAAGGACUAGACGGUAUGAGCGAGGAGGAAUACCAGAUAUUGAAAGAAGAAAUGAAAGAAGAAAGGAGGUGGACGGAGGCAAGGCAUUCUGAAGACAGAAAAUUCCGCAUGCAAGAAUACAUGGACCGGGUUGAAGCAGCCAGGGCAAAAACUGAGGCCAAAGCUCAGGCUAAGAAGGCAGAGGAGGAAAAGAAGCACAUGUCCCAGGAGCAGAGGGAAAAGACAGAGAGGGUGUUGCAGGAGAAGACAUGGACGAGUCUGAACGCUACGACUCCAGCAGAGAAACAGUCGAGUUGUCUCCACUCCAAGUUUUGGCCCAAGGAGCAGCAGAAGAAGAAGUUCAAAUGCGCUGCUUGUGGACAGAAGCGUGGUCCGACUGGGUACAAAUGCCCUCACUGCGCAUUCUUAUCCUGUCAAGGAUGUCUUUCGAAGAUGAACGAGAAGUAUAAUGGCACUUGA